AUGAUACCAUUCCUCAAAUCAUCAACAACCACAACAGCAUCAAACAACAAUAACAACAACAACAACAGCCAACAUACUACAACCGCAUCUGCCUCAAACCCAACACCAGUCUCAGCAACCACUAGCAUCCCAUCAAAAAAUCAAACGGGCACCAGACUACCCACCUCACCCAGCGCACUCAAGAGUCUACUAGCACCCUUCAACUCAAUCCCAACAACCGACCAAUCCACCUUCCACUCACCAUCAUCAACCACUCAACCAACACCAACACCAACAUCAUCAUCAGCAUCAUCAACAUCAACAGCAUCACACUCAAACUUAUCAUCACCCAAAACACCAUCACAGCCCAUUCACUCCCACUCCAUACAACCACCUACCUCUGCCCAAAUCACUACUGGCGCCGAUCAGACCGGUGGUCCUCACUCAAAUCUCAUCCAAGCCAACAACCCUCUUGCCAAAUAUAGUCCAGCAGCUAGAAUUCCUGGUACCAGUCGCAUCGGAAUCGACCUCGCUCAACGAUCUGCCUCGCCUCAGAUCUCCUCCGUAAGGAAUGCUUGGCAGUAUCUUCCAUUCCUCACCAAACAAGCUACCAAUAUCGCCAGCUCAUUCGUCUCUCAUCAUCUCAAGGGACCACCAAAAAAAUCAUGGGGAAUCGAAAUGACGAUCUUCACCGCCAUCGUUCGAGAGAUGGCCAACUACACCCAUCUCUCAUCGAUUCACCAACUCAGGACACUCAUGGACUUUGGUCAGAUCCUACCCACACCCAAGGACGGAAUCAUCACCCCGGUCUCAUUCAAAGUCAAGCCCCACAAACUCACCGGGUUCUUGAAGGAGUUGGAUCAAGCCGAGAAGGGCGACAGGAUCUUGACAGGCGAAUGGGUCGUGAGCAAGAAGACCUGGAAACGCAUGCAAACCGAGAGCCUCGCCAGACGCUCUCAAAAUCGCGAAACCGCCAAGGAUUAUGGGUUCGCUCAACCCACCGAACACCUACACAACUCCCAUCAUCAGCACGGUCUCGGUCAGGAUAAGGUGAUCUAUUUCAUCCAUGGCGGUGCUUAUUUCAUCAUGAGUGCUUCCACUCAUCGUCCGCUCACCAUCUCAAUUGCCAAAUACACUGAGUGUCGUCUAUUCGCUAUCAAUUAUAGACUAGCACCUGAGACUAAGUUCCCAGGUCCACUACAUGACGCCGUGGCAGGCUACUUCAGAUUACUCAAUGAUCUCUGUAUACCUGCCCAGAAUAUCGUCGUCGCAGGCGACAGUGCUGGUGGAGGUCUGGUGAUGGCCCUGUUGAUGUAUUUGAGAGACGAGGGAUACCCCUUGCCGUCGGCUGCGAUGCUCUACAGUCCCUGGUGUGAUCUGACGAUGAGUUGUGAUAGCUGGGAAACGAACCAGCCAUACGAUUUCUUACCCAUGCCAAAACCAGAUGAUCCAUUAAAUCCGGUCAAGUGUUAUCUCGGAGAAGAAGGAAUCAAAAAAUGGAUAACCCACCCUUACGUCUCACCAUUAUUCGGAGAUAUGCACGGCCUACCACCACUCUUAAUCCAAGCUGGAGAUGCCGAAGUCUUGCGAGACGAGAUCACCCUAUUAGCUCACAAAGCCUCCUUACAUGGGGUCAAGGUGAUUCAUGAGAUUUACGAAGAUUGUGUACACGUUUUUCAGGCGUUCUUGUUUCUGGAAUCCAGUACGAAAGCCCUACAAUCCAUGCGAAAUUACAUCCGACACGUUCUUCCACGGAUGACGCGUCGAGCGGGCCAGCCCUCUGAGACAGUGAUUGAAGAAACCUAUCGACCGCCAACACGUUCGCCAAGCGAGGAUGAUGAUCAGUCGAUCUAUGCCAAUGGUGAUCCUAAUCAAGGUGCUGUCGAUCGUGAGAUCUCGAGGGAUGCCCACCUGGUUGAUGACAUGAGCCAAACGAUCCAGCAAACCCUUCCCCCGACUCCUGCCGUUCCAAACCUACUGGGCUCAGAAGAAGAUGAAGUUUCGGAUAGUGAGGAGGUCUUAUCAGCAGACGAGGAGUCGGGCGAGGAGGAUGAGGUGUUGGAUGCGUCGGCCGAACAAGCCGGCCCAACGCUAGCCCACGAACAAGAACUGACAAAUCCGUUCGCAUCCGGUUCGGAUAGUUUGGCGCCCUCGUCGUCGGUGAACCUUCCACGCUCGGCCUCCAAUCUAAGUUUAUCCCGAGCGGCGGGAGAGAAACGGAAGGUAGGGCUCUCCCUACGAGGGCGUCUCCCACCAGCCAUGGACAUCGAGACGAUCCAAAACCUGAUUCUCUCGACCCCGCAUCACGAGUUCCCGCCGGAGAGUGUAGCUUCUUCUACAGUCGAGGAGCCGAGCGAUUAUCAGUCGCCGACGAGCUUGAAGGAAGAUUUGCGCAAGUUGAACGUCAGUCACUCGACCGCCUCUUCUCCACGACGGACUUCCUUACAGCCCGCGCCGAUGAUCCCGAUCCACUCCAACGCGGGCCCAAGGGCCUCCUCCUCCGAUCAGCCCGCUUCCCCGGGAGAAUCGCACCAUGUGCGCAGACACAGUACCUAUCAGACCGCCACCCGGCCAACCCACUCCCGCAAAUACACCGCCUCUAACGUCGCCCUGCUCACGCCCAUGGUGCGGGCUCACGACCAUGGCGGACCCGAGACGGUGAAUGCCGACCUUCAGGCUAUCUUCCAUAACCUCAUCACCACCCCCUCUGAGCUAAGGACGACGGUCUACACUCAGGGCGAUGAUGAGGACGAAGAACAGGAUACAUACUUCCGGAAUUUCAACUCUUCCUCUUCUUCGCAACCCCAGUUCCAUUCCCAUCAUCAUCAUCAUCAACAACAACAACAAAAGGAAGAAGAAGGAGGAGGAGGGUCUCCUGGCUCUGUCAAGACCCCCACUCGCACCGAAAACUCGGCUCCCUCUAUUAAUCAACUGAACUCUGCCAUCCAUCCAUCUUCCUCUUCGUCGGAUCAUCUUCCUCUACCCUCCGACCACAAUCAAUCGGUCAACGAGUCUGAGGAUCUGGACGAUCAGCCCCCGCCUUCUCCUGAAUUCGCCUUCCAAACUCCCGGCUAUGGCUUCUCCUAA